UUUCUUCUCUCCGUCUCUCAGAAACAUGCCAAGUGGGACUCUCAUUUCAUGGCGUGUCGGCUGCGCCAAAAACACACACAACAUCACUUCAUAUCUAACGUUGUGACACAUCUCUACCAAACAAACCACCAUAGCUUUCUCCUAGCUCUGUCUCACUCCCCUUUUGAAUGUUCUAUAUUACAUGCAGAAACAGAAAAAUUCAUUAACUAAGCAAACUUCUGCUCAAAUGAUGGAGCAUAAUACCUCUGAGUAUGUUGUUUUGGGUGAAGCAUCAUCUCCAAACUUAGAUAAAUUUCAAAAGGUAUCAAUUAUACCCCUAGUUUUCCUAAUCUUCUAUGAGGUCUCUGGAGGCCCUUUUGGUGUUGAAGACAGUGUCAAGGCUGGGGGUCCCCUUUUAGCUCUUCUUGGUUUUUUGCUUUUUCCAUUUAUAUGGAGCAUUCCAGAGGCCUUGAUAACUGCAGAGAUGAGUACCAUGUUCCCUGAGAAUGGUGGAUAUGUUGUUUGGGUUACAUCAGCUUUGGGACCUUUCUGGGGGUUUCAACAAGGUUGGAUGAAAUGGCUUAGUGGGGUUAUUGAUAAUGCUCUAUACCCAAUUUUGUUUCUUGACUAUCUGAAAUCAGCUAUCCCAACUUUAGGAGGUGGUAUUCCUAGGAUAAUAGCAGUGCUGGCUUUGACAGUGGUUCUCACUUAUAUGAACUAUAGAGGUUUAACCAUUGUGGGAUGGUUUGCUAUAUUGCUUGGAGUGUUUUCACUUCUUCCUUUCUUGUUUAUGGGAAUUGUUGCAUUUCCAGACUUAAAGCCUUCAAGGUGGUUUGUGGUUGAUCUAGGAAAUGUAGAUUGGGGUUUGUAUUUGAAUACUCUCUUCUGGAAUCUUAACUACUGGGACUCAAUUAGUACUCUUGCCGGAGAGGUGGACAACCCGAGUGAGACUCUCCCAAAGUCCCUGUUUUAUGCUCUUCUAUUGGUUGUUUUUGGGUACUUCCUGCCUCUUUUAAUUGGCACAGGAGCCAUUCCACUUCAUCGUGAGUUGUGGUCUGAUGGGUACUUCUCAGAUAUUGCUAAAGUAUUGGGAGGUGUAUGGUUGAGAAGUUGGAUCCAAGCAGCUUCUGCCUUGUCAAACAUGGGGAUGUUUGUGGCCGAGAUGAGUAGCGAUUCCUUUCAACUUCUGGGGAUGGCAGAGCGCGAGAUGCUACCUUCUGUCUUUAGCAAGAGGUCUCGCUAUGGGACUCCUCUCACUGGAAUUUUAUUUUCUGCAUCCGGUGUAAUUUUACUCUCUUGGUUGAGCUUUCAAGAGAUUGUAGCUGUGGAGAACUUCUUGUACUGUUUUGGAAUGAUUAUGGAGUUUAUAGCAUUUGUGAAAUUAAGGAUGAAAUAUCCGGCAGCAUCUCGGCCUUAUAAGAUACCCGUUGGUACAUGUGGAGCUAUUUUGAUCUGCAUUCCUCCAACCCUAUUAAUUUUUGUGGUUUUAGCUCUUGCUUCUCCCAAGGUCAUGGCUAUCAGCUUAUUGGCUGUGAUGAUUGGGAUGGUUAUGCAGCCUUGUCUCCAAUACACCAAGAAAAAGAGAUGGUUCAGGUUUUCCAUGAGUUCUGGCCUUCCAGAUGUCCUUAAUGCUCAUCAUCAAUGUAAUGAAGAAUGAAUGGUAGCAACAUUUUUUUAUUUUGUGGUAACUGAUACUUCUGUGCUGUACCAUGUUUCUAGACAUCUUAAGUUCGCAAAGAAUAUUUGGUGAAAAGCUACUUGUAAUGUAUAGAGUUAGGUGUAAGUUUUUAGAGAUAGGUAUAAGGAUUGGUUGGCAUGCAAUUUCACCAGAGAUUGCUCAAAUUUCAUAGGUGUCCAAGUUCUGUUAAUUGGAAAGGCUAAUGAUGAACUUGUGUUGACCAUGAGAGGCCUUAGAAAGGCUAAUUUACUGGACUUCUAUUAGAUUAUCCAUAAGUUAAAUUUCAUUUC